AUGUGCCCCCCAGUCAGCAUGCGGUGUGAGGCGGAGGGCAUGUCCUACCUCUACACGUCCUGGAUGUACCAGCUUCAACAUGGCAGCCAGCUAAGGGUCUGCUUCGCUUGCUUCAAGGCUGCCUUUCUGGACCUUAGACAGUUGCUGGAGCCGGAAGACUGGGAAGAUGAUGAAGAUUGGGACCCUGAGCUGAUGGACCACACUGAGGCAGGGUCUGAGCAGGGGGCAUCCCCGGGGAUGGGACCAAGCUGGGGGCAGGGCCAAGGGCAGCCUGCACAGGGUGGGUCUGUGGACUGGGGGUCGGGCACCCUGGCGUCAGGCCCUGUGGAGUCAGAAGAGGUGGGCCUGGACGAUCACUUUGUGCCCACCGAGCUGGAGCCUCAGGAUGCCACAGCCCUGGGCCUGGGUGCUGAGGAUGCUGACUGGACCCAAAGCCUUCCCUGGAGAUUUGGGGGACUCCCUACCUGCUCACACUGGCCAAGCCCCUCUCCUCCAUGGCAGGAGGUUUUCAAAGUGGACCUGCCGCCGGCGGGAGCCCAUGGUAUUGGAGCUGGGCACCACCCGGGCCACGGACCCUGUUGAGGCCGAGGCCUCGUUACUGGACCUGCAGGUCAUCUUUAUGGUGGGCUGCUAUGAUGCCAUCUACCUCUGGAAGAUGAAGCCAGGAUGGGCCCUGAGGACCCCCGACCAGUGUUGGAAACUGCUACUGGAGCCUGAUGAGGUGAGGGUGGUGAGACUCCAAGAUGCACCCCAGAAGCAGGACC